AUGAGCGCGCCAUCACUAAGUAAAGCUGCUUUGGAACGUAAAUUUAUUGAAUGUGGCGAACGUGAUCGGAUGAAGGAAUUGUUAUUGCAAAGGUUGCGAGAAAGUGGUUGGGUGGAAGAGGUGGAGAAUAUGUGCCGGAAUUGCAUACAAAAUAAGGGUAUCGAACAAGUAACACUCGAAGAUGUUUUGAGCGAUGUGCGAGUACGAGCUAGACGAGCAGUGCCGGAUGAAGUGAAGCGUGAAUUGAUGCAUUGUAUUCGUUCAUUCUUACAGCAACAGUCUGGCAUUAAUGAUCUCUGA